AUGGCUAUUACCUUGAAUUUAGCACGAAAUCUGAGCAGGGCAUUUCGUCGUUGUCACCGAACGUUGUCACUGCAUAACACGGCGGUGCUCGUAGUCGCCGUCGUCGUCUACAUAUUCUCCGUUGCGCAGUCGUCACUGUCACGGUCGCCAAAGUUUGGUCUGCCGCAGUCGCGGUGCCUCGAGAAGUCGAGAACCAUUCAAAGGUGUGCGGCUCGAGCAGCGCCUCCAGCCGCGAGUCCGGCAGUCCUAGGGUGUGGGCGAAAAACGUUCUGCACACCUUCACCUUGA